AUGGCUGACCGCAAGAUUGUUCUCAUCACUGGAGCCAACAAGGGCCUUGGAUACCAAGCAGUCAAGACAUUGCUUGGGUCCAAGCAAAAGUACCACGUCUUCUUAGGCAGCCGCGACUUUGCCAAGGGAAAGGCCGCUGCUGAGACUGCUGCGGCUGAGGUCAAGUCUAACAGCACUGUGGAGCCACUUCAGCUCGAUGUUGAAAGCGACGACUCCAUCAGAGAGGCGUACGAGACUGUCGCCAGCAAGGUUGACAGGAUUGAUGCGCUUGUCAACAAUGCCGGCGUCAUGCUGGAUCAACAGAUUGAACGCGGCAACAUGACGGUCCGCGAGGCCUACAAUAAGUCCUGGGACAUUAACGUCACUGGCCCCCACAUCAUCGCAGACACGUUCCUACCGCUAUUGCUCAAGUCUCCUGACCCUCGUCUCAUCUUCAAUACCAGCGGUGUGUCCUCGCUGGAAAAUGCGGCCGACUCUUCUCACUUCACCUACAGGGUUCCGCCAGCUGGAAUUCCCAAGCCUGUGGGCACCAUUUCAUACAGAGCGGCUAAAGUCGGCCUUAAUAUGGUCAUGCUCGAAUGGGUGCGCAUGUUGAAGAACGACGGUGUCAAGGUCUGGUGCGUUGCUCCUGGCUUCUUCGCCACUGACAUUGGCGAGGGUGACCCGGAGUCUAUGAAGAAGAUGGGUGCCGGAGACCCUUCCGCUGGUGGCAAGGCACUUGUUGAUGUUGUUGAAGGAAAGAGAGAUGCCGAUGUUGGAAAGGUGGUGAACAUGGCGGUUUACGGCACGCCUGUGCAGCCUUGGUAG